AUGAUUGAUUCACAAUCUCUAAGAAUUUAGAAGUUGGGAUUUAAAAUACUUUCAUUAAUGUUUGAUCCAUAUAGACUCUAAUUUACCAAUCAUUUACCUAUCUAAUUUGAAAACUAUACUAAAGUCGAAUGGAUUGGACAUUAGAUGGAUAGAAGGUAGAGGAAUUCUAAUACUAUGCUCUUUAAACUUUCUCAAAUUUGGCUAUAAAUGAUUACAUUAGAACAUAAAUACUACUUUAAAAGGAAUUGAAUUUUUCUUGAAGGUGUUGAGAGAAAGCUAUAGAGUUAUUGCUCAUAGAUUGGCUGCCAAAGGAUUGUUAAAUUUAUCAAUUAAAUCAAGAGAAACUAAACUAUCAAUUGUCUUCUUGUUGGAGGAGGAAAUACAAAGAUUGCAAAUGGGAGAGAUGAACACUGUGGUUUAAGGAUAUUUUAUUUUGUGUAACAUUCAAAAUAAUUAUAAGUAAAUCAUAAUGUUCAAAUAUAUUAGUUUAAGAACAAAAGAAAGAGGAUAGUUAUUGUGA